UGUGUCCGGGAGAAGCUUUAGGAAUCUUGUGAGGAGGAGAAGAGGGCGUGUUCAGACUGGAGCGGGGGGCGGUCCCUUCCGCUGCCCCGCCCCGAGGUGACGUCAGUCCGUGUCCCAGCAGUAGCGGCGGUGUCGGCUCCGGGGCCCGGGCAGCAGUGUCAGGCCGCGGCCAUGGAGCUGGAGGAGGGCGGCCUGGUGUACCAGGAGGAGGCGGGCGGAGCGGCCGGGGCCGUCAUGUCGGAUCGGGUGUCCGGCCUGGCCGCCUCCAUAUACCGGGAGCUGGAGCGGCUGAUUGGCCGCUAUGAGGAGGACGCGGUGAAGCAGCUGAUGCCGCUGGUGGUCGCGGUGCUGGAGAACCUGGAAGCCGUGUGCGCCGAGAACCAGGAGCAUGAGGUGGAGCUGGAGCUACUGAGGGAGGACAACGAGCAACUGCUCACCCAGUACGAGCGGGAGAAGGCACUGAGGAAGCACGCCGAGGAGAAAUUCAUAGAGUUUGAGGAUUUACAGGAACAGGAUAAGAAGGAUUUACAGGUCCGGGUGGAGUCAUUGGAGUCACAGACCAGACAACUGGAGCUGAAGGCCAAGAACUACUCCGACCAGAUCAGUCGCUUGGAGGAGAGAGAAGCCGAACUGAAGAAGGAAUACAAUGCUCUUCACCAGCGCCAUUCUGAGAUAAUCCACAAUUAUAUGGAACACCUGGAACGUACCAAACUGCAGCAACUCAUAGGGGGCGACCAACUGGAAUCUUCUAUGCACAGUAAAAUUAGGAAGGAGCGGCCCAUCUCUUUGGGGAUCUUCCCACUGUCUCCUGGAGACUCCUUGGUCCUUCCAGAUACUCACGGUGCAGAGACGCCCGGAAAUGGACCCUGGAAGCUGCAAGAACAGAACCUCGCCCGCAGCAACACCAGCCUGAAGGAAGAACUGUUCAGUCUCAGCCAGACAGGGGCCAAGACCUCCGGCCCAGACCCCAACAACAUGGUGCACGCAUCCCCAAAAGACCAAAAAGAUGAGGUCAUCAUGAAGGCAAACCUCAAGAACAACAACGUCCAGAACAACAAGAAAAACGAAGACGUCCAGGUCAACCAGCAGGCCACCGCAGCGUCCACAGAUACCAAUGAUAAUGAGGAGAAGUCGGAGGUCCAGUCUAUCAUCGAGUCCACCCCGGAGCUGGACAUGGACAAAGAACGGGCGUAUCACAUGACCAGUACUCCAUCCAAAGGCAUCGAGAACAAAGGGUUCGACCGAAACACAGAGUCUCUCUUCGAGGAGCUGUCCUCCGCUGGGACCGACCUUAUCGGAGAUGUGGAUGAGGGAGCGGACCUGUUGGGGAUGGGACGGGAGGUGGAAAACCUUAUCCUGGAGAACACGCAGCUUCUGGAAACCAAGAACGCCCUGAACGUGGUGAAGAACGACCUGAUAGCGAAGAUGGACGAACUGAUGUGCGAGAAGGACGUGCUGCAGGGGGAGCUGGACGCCAUCAAACAGGCCAAACAGAAGCUAGAGGAGAAGAACAGGGAGCUGGAGGAGGAGCUUAAAAAGGCGCGAGCAGAAACGGAGGAAGCCAGACAGAAAUCCAAGGAUGAAGAGGAUAGCGAUGUCCCCACAGCUCAGAGGAAGAGGUUCACGCGGGUGGAAAUGGCGCGGGUACUAAUGGAGCGGAACCAGUACAAAGAGAGGCUGAUGGAGCUGCAGGAGGCGGUGAGGUGGACGGAGAUGAUCAGGGCUUCUAGAGAGAAUCCUGCCAUGCAGGAGAAGAAAAGGUCGAGCAUCUGGCAGUUCUUCAGCCGCCUCUUCAGCUCCUCUGCCACUGCUUCCAAGAAACCGGAGCUUCCCGUCAACGUCAAGUACAACGCGCCAACCUCGCACAUCACCCCUUCCAUCAAGAAGAAGAGCAGCGCUCUGGCCAAACUGCCCAGCGACAAGUCCAAAGCCUUCGAUUUCCUCAGUGAUGAUCUCUCGGGCGGUGAUGCCUCUUCAGCCACCAGGCGGGAGCAGAAGCGAGAGCAGUACCGGCAGAUGAAGGCGCACGUCCAGAAGGAGGACGGCCGCGUGCAAGCGUUUGGCUGGAGUCUUCCUCAGAAGUACAAGCAGGCGACAAAUGGCGGCCAGAGUGAGGGCAAAAUGAAGAAUCUGCCAGUGCCGGUGUAUCUGAGGCCCCUGGAUGACAAGGACACAUCUAUGAAGCUUUGGUGUGCCGUCGGUGUUAACCUCUCCGGAGGAAAGACCAGGGACGGAGGCUCCAUUAUCGGAGCGAGCGUCUUCUACAGCGACCUCCCCGGCUCCGACCUAGAGAACCAGAAACACAGAAGCGUAUCCCAGAGCAGCCUGGAGAAACUAGAGCAGGAGUUAAAGGUGCAGCAGAAGGAGCUGAGACAUCAGGACGAGCUGUCCAGUCUGGUGUGGAUCUGCACCAGCACCCACUCCUCUACCAAGGUGAUCAUCGUAGAUGCCAACGACCCGGGAAACAUGAUGGACAGCUUCAUCGUCUGCAACUCCCAUGUGCUGUGCAUUGCCAGCGUGCCAGGAGUAAUGGAAACAGAUUACCCAACAGGAGAUUCCUCAAAGCUGGAUGCAGACUCGGGGCUGACGGACAAGUCGUCCUUAUCUGAGAGCCUGGCGAGCAGCUGCUCCUCCGGCGACCAGGGCAUUACUGGUGUCAGGGUGACUGCGGCCUCUGCGGAAGAGAUCAAACCCAUCGUAUGCCAAACCCCAAGUGUUAUCUCCCCGGAGGUGGAGAGUCAUCCGGAAUCAGACUCCACCAGUCCUGAGCUGGAUGAGAAUGUCCCCACAGCAGAGGAGGCCACGGAGGCUACAGAGGCCGGAGACAGCCCCACAGACGAUGUGGCCGACAUCACCCAGGCGGGAAUCUACACAGAACAUGUGUUCACGGACCCCCUGGGUGUACAGAACACAAGCGAUGACACCAGCGGCCAUGCCAGCAGCGAUUCUGACCUGUAUAAGGACGGGGUGGCCACGCUGCCCACCGAGCAGGAUCUGAUGAGAGAGGAGGCGCAGAAGAUGAACAGCCUCCUGCCCACCAUGUGGCUGGGAGCGCAGAAUGGACACCUCUACGUCCAUUCAUCUGUCACCCAGUGGAAGAAGUGUCUCCUGCAGAUCAAGCUGAAGGACUCCAUCUUGAGUAUUGUACACGUGAAGGGUAUAGUGCUGGUAGCCUUGGCUGAUGGGACACUGGCGAUCUUCCAUCGAGGUGUCGACGGUCAGUGGGAUUUGUCUAACUACCACCUGCUGGACUUUGGGCGCCCGCACCAUUCCAUCCGGUGUAUGACGGUGGUACAUGAGAAGGUGUGGUGCGGAUACAGGAACAAAAUCUACAUCGUGCACCCCAAGACCAUGAAGAUAGAGAAAUCUUUUGACGCUCAUCCCAGGAAGGAGAGCCAAGUCAGGCAGCUCGCCUGGGUGGGAGACGGCGUGUGGGUCUCUAUCCGGCUGGACUCCACGCUGCGGCUCUACCACGCUCACACCUAUCAGCAUCUGCAGGAUGUGGACAUUGAGCCGUAUGUCAGUAAAAUGCUCGGCACCGGGAAGUUGGGCUUCUCCUUUGUCAGGAUAACAGCGUUGAUGGUGUCUUGUAAUCGCCUCUGGGUAGGAACCGGCAAUGGAGUCAUUAUUUCUAUACCCCUGACUGAAACCGUAAUUCUGCACCAGGGACGGUUACUUGGGUUGCGGGCCAAUAAAGCUCUGCCCGGUGCCGGCAAUCGUCCAGGAAGCGUCAUCCGCGUAUACGGCGACGAGAACAGCGACAAAGUCACGCCAGGAACCUUCAUACCGUAUUGUUCUAUGGCUCAUGCACAGUUGUGUUUCCACGGACAUCGUGAUGCGGUGAAGUUCUUUGUCGCGGUGCCAGGUCAGGUGAUUCCCCCGUCCAGCGGUAACUCUCCGGAUCUGUCCGGGGACAAAGGUGCAGCCGCUCAGCCAGAAGCCAGUCUGAUCCAGAAGUUCAUGCUGGUGAUGAGUGGUGGAGAGGGCUACAUCGACUUCCGAAUGGGCGAUGACUGUGCCGAAUCUGAAGGUUUGGACGACUCCUUACAGUUGGAGCCCUCCAUGGCCAAGGUGGAGCGAAGUCACCUGAUCGUGUGGCAGGUUAUGUGUAACAGCAGCGACUGAUCCCGAGGACCCCCAAACCUUCUGCAUGAUGUACAGACUUUAUGCCAUUAUUAUUUCUUUUCUACUUCGUCUUCUUUUAUCCCAUAUUUUAACACUUUAAAGACUGUAUGAAAACCACAAGGACCCGAUCCCCGCAGCGAACCAGGCGCCAUGUGGUUUCUCUCCAGGAUGGUUUGCACUGCAGUGUCACAUACACCCGUACGGCCCCCGUAACGUGCGUCGUCUUCUGUGAUCCAUUACAACCAGCGAUCGUGUCCUUAACCCUCGGGAGCCUGGACCAGUGAUUGCUAACAAGACUAGAAAAGUAAUUUUUCAUAAUUUUUUUUUAAUCAUUGUCGGAGUUGAUGGUUUCGGUGUUUAGACGUUGUGUAGAUUGCGGGUGGAAGAGAUUCAGAUCAAAGACGACGACCCAAACUGUUCCUGCGGCACCGUCUAUUGCUGCAGUCACAUGACUGGGAUCUGUCCCUAAUUACCCCCAGUCACCCCUCUGUGUGAUAUCACAACCCAAAAUCAGCCAAUCAUAUCAUGUGACUCCAUACAGGGGAUUUGGAGCUCUGUAUCAGAAAUCCCCAUCUUCCAGGCUGAUUUAAGCCUUUUUACUUUGGCAUUAAAGGGGCUUAUUCUAUUAGGCAACAAACCCCCCCCCCAAAAAAAAAAAAAAACAGAAAUAGCCCUUUGUAACCUGAUCACAUGAUUAAAGGGGUACUCCGGUGAAA